ACUUGCUCGUCCACAAAAAUUCGUAAAGCGGAUAACCUUAUUUUAAAAGAUUUUUACUUUUACACACUUAAAAACUAGUAGUUUUGUGAUAUGAUGUUAAUGUUAUAGCUGCCAGAAUACAUACAUUUUGUAUUUGUAAUAAUUGCUUUGUGUUUUUGUAACAGGGCAAAAAAUAAAACAUGGGUAUUCUAGAUAAAAUAUCGGAGAUCGAAAAGGAGAUAGCAAGAACCCAGAAAAACAAAGCUACCGAAUACCACUUGGGUCUAUUGAAGGCAAAACUAGCGAAGUACAGGUCACAGUUACUUGAAACAUCUAAGAAGGGGAGUGAUAAAGGAGAAGGAUUUGAUGUCCUUAAGUCUGGAGAUGCUAGAGUGGCUCUUAUUGGUUUCCCAUCAGUGGGUAAGUCAACCCUGCUGUCGACGCUCACACAUACUCACUCGGAAGCAGCGAGCUAUGAGUUCACCACACUGACAUGCAUUCCUGGUGUCAUUGAAUACAGGGGAGCUAAUAUACAGCUUCUGGACUUGCCUGGUAUCAUUGAAGGUGCCGCCCAGGGCAAGGGUAGAGGAAGACAGGUAAUAGCAGUAGCUCGUACCGCUGACCUGGUGUUGAUGAUGUUGGAUGCAACAAAGCCCUACGUGCACAGGCAGCUGCUUGAAAAAGAGUUGGAGAGUGUCGGCAUCAGGCUCAACAAACCUAAACCUAAUAUAUAUUUUAAGGUUAAGAAAGGUGGAGGAUUAUCUUUUAACUCAACAUGUCAGCUUACAAAAGUAGACGAGAAAAUGGUCCAAAUGAUUCUUCAUGAAUACAAGAUUUUCAAUGCGGAGGUCCUGUUCCGCGAAGACUGCACGGCGGACGAGCUGAUCGACGUGAUCCUGGCGAACCGCGUGUACCUGCCCUGCAUAUACGUGUACAACAAGAUCGACCAGAUCUCCAUACAGGAGGUGGACAGGAUCGCGCGCCAGCCCAACUCCGUUGUCGUCAGCUGUAACAUGAAACUCAACCUGGACUACCUCCUGGAGACGCUGUGGGAGUACCUGUCCCUCAUCCGGGUGUACACCAAGAAGCCCGGUCAGCCCCCGGACUUCGACGAGGGACUUAUUCUGAGGAGGGGUGUGAACGUGGAGCACGUGUGUCACGCGAUCCACCGCACUUUAGCCUCUCAGCUCAAGUACGCGCUCGUGUGGGGCACCAGCACCAAGUACUCGCCGCAGCGCGUCGGCCUUCACCAUCAGGUGCAGGAUGAAGACGUCGUCCAGCUCAUCAAGAAGUAGAUAUCUGGACUGAGACCCAAUUCAACCAACGUCUGUUAGUGUUAACAGCUUGAUAAGGCAUGUCUUCUCUUU